UGAGCAGAAUGAUGCCAAGUGCUAUUUUUCCGCUUCUGUCUCUGAUUCAGAUAAUUUCCACAGUUAUUGGCAACAAUAUGAACGUAGUGACCCAAUACCCAAAGUUCCAGACUCCCAAUAAUGGUGCAAACAUCACCUUCCACUGCAUCUUUGCUGUAGCUCCAACCAAUGUACGUAUAAACGUGUACUGGUGGAAGCACGGGGAGAGUGGAUAUCUGCAAACAAAAGAAGACAAAAGGCAAAUUUUUGGUCUGGAACAUGGAAGAGGCGGGGGCUUCUUCCAUCUCCUAGAUGUGAGAGUCAAGGACACUGGAGUCUAUCAUUGUGCACUGAUCCGUGAGGGAAAAACAGCAGGAAAUGGAACUGGAUCACAUCUAACUGUCUGUGUGUCUCCAACUUCAGUGAAGAUUUUCCCCAGGGAUCUUAGAAAUGGAUCUGCGAAUCUGACUCUUGUGUGUGAAACAGAUGGGUUUUAUCCAGAUAAUCUCAACCUCACUUGGUAUAAAAAUGGCACCGAAAUGGCAACUGGGGUAAAUACUACGAUACAGCAGAUUUCGAAUGGAUUGUAUGAAGCUUCCAGCUCUGUGGAAGAGAUAGAAGCGGUCCAGAAUGGUGUUGUUUAUACCUGUCAGGUAUCACAUCUCAGCCUACAGACUCCAGUGAUUGCCAACUACACGGUUGUCCUUCCUGACAUAAGAAGCGAUACUUUGUCGCCUUAUUUACUGAUUGCUGGAUACGCAGGAGGUGGAUUGGCAUUUCUGGUGCUUAUCAUUAUCAUUGCUAAGGGAAGCCAACUAAGGAAAAUGAGAGGUUCACAUGGAGUUGUGAAUGGAUCGGACCAUCCAGAAGAGGAGGAAGCAAGGACUGAGAUGGUGUCUUAUGCUACGUUGGAUUUGACUGGUUCCCAGAAAACUAGAAGACCUAAGCAUCAAGAGGAGAGGACAGUGUACUCUGAGACCAAGCAUGGGGCAGCCAGUAACAAGAUGACAUACGCUACUCUGGAUUUGUCCAGCUCACAGGGAAACGGGAAACCUAAAUGCAGCAACAAGAAUACGGAGUAUGCACAACUACAGACCACGCAAGCCGCAGGUGGAAAUAAAUUGACCUACGUUGCUCCAGAUCUUGCUUGUUCGAAGAAGAUGAAAAAGGCUAAAUGUAACAAAGAUGCAGAAUAUGUUGAGGUACAAGUGGGAGCCAAUAGAGCAGCAGUGGAGGCCACAUUCAAUUAACUAAAGCCAAUUAAUGCUCCAAAUUAUUAGUAUCUAUUGGUCGUUGAGAGAAUAAAUAUUCUCUAUAUUCUAGCCACUUUGUAUUGCAAUUCAAUGUUACUUUUCUAAAAAUAAACUUCAGUUAUUAGUGUUCUUAUUUUAGGAAAAAAUGGUUAGAAUAUAUUGCAAGGCAUAGUCUAUAUUACUGAAUUUGAUUUUUAAUAAAAAAUACUGUUUAGUGCAAGUUAGACAAUGUUUCUAAAUGCAACUAUUGAAUUGUGUAACAAUAAUCUUUGCAUUAGAUAUAGCAUGUCCAUGUC